GCGACUGCGCACCCAGACUAAGAUGAUGGCGGCGGUGGUCACCCGCCGGGCCUGGAGAGCUGCGGCUACUGCCGCCGGGCUGCGCUGGCGACUGUGUCAUAAGAUGAAUCCAUAUGUCAUCAAGAAGCAAUCUCUGCAUCAGUUUGUACAAAGAUCCCCUUUCCCACCACAUCCAGCCUUGCAUUGCACAGUGCGGCACAUGUUUAUUCAAACACAAGAUACCCCAAAUCCCAACAGUUUAAAGUUUAUACCAGGAAAACCAGUUCUUGAGACAAGGACAAUGGAUUUUCCCUCACCAGCUGCAGCAUUUUGCUCCCCUCUGGCUAGGCAGUUAUUUAGAAUCGAAGGAGUAAAAAGUGUGUUCUUUGGACCAGAUUUCAUCACUGUCACAAAGGAAAAUGAAGAAAUAGACUGGAAUUUACUGAAGCCAGAUAUUUAUGCAACAAUUAUGGACUUCUUUGCAUCUGGGUUACCCCUGGUUACUGAGGAAACACCUGCAGGAGAAGCAGGUUCUGAAGAAGAUGAUGAAGUUGUUGCAAUGAUUAAGGAAUUGUUGGAUACUAGAAUACGGCCGACUGUUCAGGAAGAUGGAGGAGAUGUAAUUUAUAAAGGCUUUGAAGAUGGCAUAGUACAGUUGAAACUUCAAGGUUCUUGUACCAGCUGCCCCAGUUCAAUCAUUACUUUGAAAAAUGGGAUUCAGAACAUGCUACAGUUUUAUAUUCCAGAAGUAGAAGGUGUCGAACAGGUAAUGGAUGAUGAGUCAGAUGAAAAAGAAGCAAACUCGUCUUAAAAUAAUCUGGAUCUUUUUGGUGGCACAGCAGUUGAACUUACUGAUAACAAAUAACAGGCUUUUGUUAAUAAUAUGCUAAGGUAAAAAACAAAAAAUAUCAUAUGCUAAGGAACUUGAGGAUUAAUAAAAUAUGCCCUGUCCUCAGAGAAUGAUAUAUAAAUAUUAUAUUUUGCUUUACCACAUGAGUUAUUUAUAACUUCUGAGUCAUCUGUACACGUGGAUUUUUUCCAGGGAUAUUUUUAUUUUUGUUCAUCAUUUCUCUUGCUGCCUUCUUUGCAUACUUAUAUGAAACAGUUUGAAAAUAAUUUUCUCCCACCUAAUUUAUUUGCUUUUUUUGUACAGAAUAAAUAGGGAGAAUGCUUUUGUUGUGUGA